UUGAAAGCGAGGCUGCCGGGAGCAGUUUCCUGGGUGCGUAUAGCGUCACUGUACUGGUUAGUAGUACUAUGUAGCUAUAUGUAUGAGAGGGCAGAGAGGGAGGGUGAGAGUUUGGGUUUGGAAGCAGGUUGUUGUCAGGCGGAGGCGUCGAUAUUCUCGGAGGAGGAAUACGGCGAUAUAGCUACCUGAGAGGCCGAAGAUAUAGAUACGUACUUGGAAUAGUACUAGGGGACCAUUAGGUGUAUAAAGGAGGACCACAAGUCGGACUACGGCAAGCCCCGGUGGAGGGCAAGAGUGAGCUGUAGCGGGGUCCUGGUUUUAAAAGAUGAACAAAAAUCACCGAGUGCCGAGCAACCGAACUCUAAGCGCCGUGGAGGUGAAGAGCAAGUUUGGUGCCGAAUUCCGUCGGUUCUCCUUGGAUCGCUCGAAGCCGGGUCGAUUCGACGAGUUCUACGGGCUUUUGCAGCACGUGCACCGCAUUCCCAAUGUAGACCUGCUGGUGGGCUACGCCGACAUCCACGGAGACCUGUUGCCCAUCAACAAUGACGACAACUACCACAAAGCCAUCUCCACCGCCAGCCCGCUGCUGCGCCUCUUCCUGCAGAGAAAAGAGGAAGCGGAUUACUCGGCGUUUGGGACGGACUCCCUCCCCCGUAAGAAGACGGUCCUCUCCACCGUGCUCCUGAGGCCCGACAACAACCGCAAGAAGCCGGCGGUGCUGAUCAGCCUGCCGCGCGACUUCCGGCCCGUGUCCUCCAUCAUCGACGUGGACAUCCUGCCGGAGACGCACCGCCGCGUGCGGCUCUACAAGCACGGCCAGGAGAAGCCGCUGGGCUUCUACAUCCGGGACGGCUCCAGCGUGCGCGUCACGCCGCAGGGCCUGGAGAAGGUUCCGGGCAUCUUCAUCUCGCGCAUGGUGCCCGGCGGGCUGGCGGAGAGCACCGGGCUGCUGGCCGUCAACGACGAGGUGCUGGAGGUCAACGGCAUCGAGGUGUCGGGCAAGUCCCUGGACCAGGUGACGGACAUGAUGAUCGCCAACAGCCACAACCUCAUCAUCACCGUCAAGCCCGCCAACCAGCGCAACAACGUGGUGCGCCACAGCGGGGCGUCGGGCAGCUCGGGCCACUCCUCCGACAGCGGGGCCAGCCGCUACGGCUUCCAGGCGCCCGCCUCCGCCGCUGCCACCCACGCCGCCCCCACCCACAUCAUUCAGAACUUCGGCCUGGACGAGCUGGACAGCGACGAGGACGACGAGGACCUGGUGAUGGAGGUGGGCGAGGAGGCCAGGCCCAUCGCCCGCGCCUCCUCCUCCUGUAGCAGUGUGCCCUCGCUGAUCCGCUACGAGCCCCACCUGGGCCUCCGCUCCAACGGCGCCGUGGCCGGCAGCGCGGGCUCACUGAGCAUGCCCGAGAAGGAGCGGCCGGGCCUGGAGGAGGACGGGACGGUCAUCACGCUGUAGAGACGCACUGACAUCAUACACGAGGUACUAAGCUGUAGAGACGCACUGACAUCAUACCCGCGGUACUAAGCUCUUAUCGAGAGCAGGUUCCUGUGUUCUUCCAGUGGUGGAUGCUGAGAGCGUUUUCAUCACUGUCUUGGGCUGUAAAUGAAUGCACAUGUCUGCAAGCUCUCAUUUCCCCUUCAUCAAAAACAAGGUGUUAGACAAUAGACAACAAAACAUAUGAUUAAAAAAACUACAUUUACACAGAUGAUAUUGACAAUCUGAUAUCUCCUUGAUACUUUUGACUGAAGUCCUCUACAUGAGUCAUGUGAUUGCGGCAUGCAAAUUGUAAUGAAAAAUUACUUCCAUAGCAUAAAUUACUAUAGCGUGUAUGACCAAGGAAAUGUAGGGUCUGCAAUAAUCUUAGUCUGGGUGAGGACUACAAUUAAGGAUGUUGGGUUUAGCAUCUGACUGGAUAUUUUCUACCACUGUUGUCUUUUCUUGUCUUAAUAUUAUUCUGAGGAAGAAUUUAUUUUUAAAAAUGUUAAACACAUAUGUUAAGCUAUUCCAUUUCCAAUAACCACUAAUCUUUAAAAUCAGUUUAUUUGACUGGAUGUUUAUUCCACUCUUCCACUCUUCAUUCUUUCAAUCCCCCCCCCCCUCCUGUGUUGCCAGGUACUUUCUGCUCCCAGCACAAUGAUCCAAGAUUACCUUAAGAAACUAAUUCAAGUCCCCAGUUUUAAUGUGAAAAACACAUCUGUAUACUUGCUGAAUCUGAUACGUUUGUCCUCUUGAUCAUUAUGCUGUAGAAAGUUUUUCUCCAGUUUUUCUAUGUUUUUGACUCGGUGUCAGUUCUUUUAUUUUUUAUUUUUUAAGUUAAUGCCAAGGGCUGCUCCCCUGCCUUUGAAAAAUAACUGUAAUUGCAAGAACAAUACAUAGAACCUGACCCCCUCCAAGAGGAGUUAGGUUUCAUUCCUAUGGCACAGCAUGUUCCCUCUGUGGACAGUCUGAUUCACCUGAUAGCUUAGUCAUAGUCAUGGACAAACUCUAUGGUCCAAAUGAUAAAGCCUCCACCAUAGAUAUAGAAGCACUAGAUUGUUUUUUUGUUGUUGUUUUUUUCAAAGUAUUUAGAAACUGGCCUAUUGUAUGGUUAGAAUGUAAAGUGCAUCUAAUCACCAAUUGAAUUCAAUCCCAGCGUACAUUCUGUCUGCAUACAUAGUAAAGUUUAUUCUGUGGUCCAGUUUAAUUCACAUUCAGAAGUGAGACAAAUAUAUUAGCUGUAGGUAAAGGUUUUGCACAAUUUCAUUGUUUUGAGAUAUUAAACAUUGAAGAGGAUUGGAGUAGCAAUAGAAAACAAGCUCUAAUCAAGCACUUUAAAUUUUCAGUAUCAAAGUAUCAAGUCUGAAUACAUGCAUCAGCUGAGGGAUGACUCCAGGACCAACUGGUGAGAAGCAGUGCCACCAUAAACCAUAGUUGAUAUUCAUUAGCGAUGUAUACAUUUUCAUAUCAGUAAUCAGAGCAGUCCUGCAAGCUAUGAAGCUUUUCCUCAACCGUUACUUGCGCCCCACCCUCUCUCACACGCACAUAUCAUGUACGACGUCUUGUUUAACCAAGGUGGAGCCUAGCACACACGUCUCUCCCUAUCCACCUGCUAGAAUGACACAACAGGAUGUAGAGUUUUGCUGAAAGUGAGCGAGUUCUCGCUCCUUUGAUAUCCACGGUUCCAUAUCAGUGACUGUAAAUCUGGUCGUUUUGAAAGGACUUGGACUGGAUGGCAACUGUCACCAGAUCCUUGUUAAUGUGGCUCAUCCCUCCUCCCUUGAGUUCUGAAAUGAACUCCUUGUCCUAGGGUUUCACUCAAGCUGCUGCACGCAACUCCCAUUGGUUAUUCAGGGGCGUGAAAAUCUGGUGGCCUCCCAGCUCUUGUACAACAUCUGCUGCACCCACAACCCUUGCUCUUUAAUAGAAGUAAUGAUAAUAAUAACUGGUAAUAUUAUUAUUGUUUUUAUAAUUGCAUCCGUGACGUCCUCUCUUUGGUGCCUACAGAAAAUGUUUUAACUGUCAGACCUGUCAGAUCAUUCAUUGGAUUUGUUUAAAAAAUUGGGAAUUGGGACCGCUUCCCUGAGCAAUCAGCACCCAGGUCUGGCAAGGAGCAUGGCUGUUUGUAUUUGGAGGGAAAAAAACAACUCUUCUCUGCAAAUUGUUUUUGUAGCUGAGCCCUGGUUUGUUUGGCGCAGUGUGGAAAGUGGAAGGUGGGGGCUAGGCAGAUGUGGACCUUUUUUUUAAUUUUUUUUUUUUUUAAUUUUCUUUUUUUUAUAACAAGUAUUGUUUUUUGUUGUUUUCAAACUGUUGAUCUGUGGUUGUGUGAUACCUGGAGAUUCCUAUCUGCAGCCAACCUGAGGUGAAUCAAACGUCACUCAGUUGGGGAGUCUGCACAGAGAUACGGCUGUUCGGAGUCAGUUUACCUCCCCAAGGAGACGGGCACAACCAUGUGUGCUAAAGCUGGUUAGUCCACAGGGCUCGCACAGAUUGCCUGUCUCAGGAGAGCCAAUUGAUAAAGUGUAAGCAACAUUUUGAAUGGCAAUUUUUGAAACAAUAUGGAUUAAUUUUCACUACACUGUUCUAGAAUUGUAAUUGCAAUGUAUAAUUUAUUUUCUAAUUAUGUUGUGGCUCAUAACUUCUUUGCUAGGUGUACUGUCUUCAUGAGUUUUUUUUUUUUUUUUUCUUAAUCUUUCUUUUGUGUGAACUCCAGUUAAACUCCACUGUUAAACGGUCGUUUGAAGAAGUACUGGAAGGCAUUUUUCCCAUAUGCUGUAGGUGAUUAGUGAAAAAGCAUUUUAUGUUAAUUUUGCUAGGGGAUAGAAGGUACAUAUCUGCAGCAAUGUUGUUGUUUUUUUUAACUGUGAAUUUUCUUUUACUCCUGGGACAAACCAGUAGGCAUCACAGAAUGUUCUAAAAUGGGCUUUUAAACCUUUUUUAUGUUUAUGCCAGUUCCUUUUUUUAAAGAAAGAGCAAUGAUUUUGCUUGCCACAUAAAUUGAAGGUAUAGAUUUGUAUUAAAAUGUCAGUAUUUUCUUAUCAAUUCUCUAUGAUGUACAUUUGUAUCACAUUUAAUGAACAUAUUUUAAAAUUAAAAUAUAAAUAUAUAGAUGCACAUCUAUAAUAGUCAAUUCUAUGAGCUGUACAAAAUAAACUUAUGACUAGAACUUG